CUAGGUUGUUUCUUUUUGUACAAACUAGGUUAUUAGGUAAAUUAUAUAUAUAGAUCCAAGCAGGUUUUCUUUAGAAUCCAAAAACACGUAACAACUUAAAAAGCUCAACGUUGUUUUAAUAAUUUGCUCUUAUUUGGCUCUGUGUUUAUUAGUCGUCAUGGAUAGUGCAUCAAAUACAACAGAUGCAACGACGACAAAGAAGAGUCGAGGUCGUCAACGAAUUGAAAUCAAGAAACUGGAAGAUGAAAGCAAACGCCAAGUAACGUUCUCCAAACGCAGAAAAGGGUUGUUCAAAAAAGCCACAGAGGUUUCAACUUUAUGCGGUGCGGAAGUUGCUAUCCUGGCAUUAUCAAAAUCCGGAAGAGUAUACACCACGGAUGGUGUAGAUGCUGUUCUUGAUCGAUAUCUCGCUGACUCAUCUGAUAGUAAUCCGUUGCCAAAGCAAAAAGAAGUUGAAGAAGAUAAUGCUGGGUUUUGGUGGGAUCAGCCGAUUGAGAACUUGACUCUUGUUGAGCUGGUGGAAUAUACUAUGGCGCUUAACGACUUGAGAGAAACCGCAGCGGCGAGACUGGAGGAGUUGAACAUCCAAAAUUCUACUUAUUUGUGGCCAUUCGUUGCUGAUGAGGAUGUGAAUGAGGCGGAUAUCGUACACCAGUUCAUGGUCGAGCGAAACUAUGAUUGAUGUCUUAACUCUGCCAAUUCCACUCCUCUUGGGCAUCGCCGUUGAAUUUGGUCACAACAUAGUUAGAGAAGGAUUA